AUGAAAGGAUCUCCUUUUGGCUGGGCGACAGAAAUUGCCGGAUCAACCCGUAUACCAGCAAUAUUUAACAACCUCUUCGCCAUACGAGUGUCUACGGGACGUUUGUCCGCUUUGGGCAUUGCUUCUAGCAAUCAGAAUUUACCGCUUUGCAAUACGACCGUUGGCAUGAUCUCGUACGACCUAUCUUUUCUUCAACAUAUGUGUCGACUGACACUUGGCGCAACGGCGUAUCAAGAAGACCCGGCAUGGCUCGAUAUGCCAUGGCGUGAGGCGCGAUUCCAAGAAGUCGAAUCUCGUAAACCAACAUUCGCGGUCCUACUCGAAGAUCAACAUGUUCGGCCUCAACCACCACUUCAACGUGCACUCAGACAUCUCACUCAGAGCCUCAGAGCACAGGGUUACGAAGUGGUCGCUUGGCAACCUCCAUCCCACAAGGAAGCAGUAGAGACUCUAUUUCGGAUGAUUGGCGCCGAUGGCGCCAAAGAUAUUCGUGCGAACAUUGCGAGUAGUGGUGAGCCACCGGUACCACAAUUGAAAAAAUGGUUCUUCGAGCACCAUGAUCCACCGAACCUCUCAGUCUCUGAAUACUGGGCACUCUGCAAAUCGAGGAUGGAUUACAUAGCUGCUUACCAUUCUUAUUGGUUGUCUUCAAAGCAGAUCAACAUUACGCAACGCCCCAUUGACGGCGUUAUUAUGCCUGUCGUGGCGCAAGUUGCAUGUUACGAGAACGAAUUGAACUACUUUGGGUACAGCGCCAUUGUGAAUCUCCUCGAUUUCACAUCUGUUGCUCUUCCUGUCACUUUUGUGGACCGAGAUCGAGAUCUUCCUGACACAAGACGUGUCAUGCUCAAUGCGGAAGACGCUCAGAUACAAACAAGUUAUGAUCCCAGCACUUUCCAUGGCAUGCCAGUUGGCAUUCAGAUUAUGUGUCGUCGAGCUGAGGAAGAGGUUGCUUUGGCUCUCGCAAACAUUGUGUCUGAGGUUUAUCGACGAAAUGGAGAGCUGCUCCAACUUAAUACUACGUAG